UCGUGAAAAUGACGAUUCAAAAAAAAGUUUCAUUAAUACAUCCCUUGCUGCUACGUUAAAACAUCCCAAUGACGUCUUCACAGCAACCCCUUUUUUUGAACAAUUUAUUCCCAUCUCCCUCCCACACUCUGCAUGGAUGCGGAAAAGCCCAUGUGCCGGAGUGAGACAGCAUGCAAUUGCAAAGAUUUGUCAAUCACGCGCGCAAUGGAGGGUGCAAAUAAGUUGUGAGGAGUAGGAAAAAGAAGUGAAAAGUGUGCAAAAAAGCGGGCAAAAAUGCACAAAAAUACCCCCAGAAGUUUUCCAAAGUGUACAAAUGGAAAAGUAAAUGUGAAAAUCUUGCUGAAAAUUCCGUUGGGAAUGUGAAAAGGUCCAUGGUGACUAGUGUGGUAGUUCCUGGAAAAAAGGAGCCACCGAGAAAAUUUGUCCCACGCGGGAGGGAGAUAGUCAGCGGCGUGACGGGUGCUAGAGUGAGAUAGCCGUAUAUUCUGAGGGUGGUUUUCCUCCGUUUUGGUAGUGAGUUCACUGAUAAUUUUCACAUUGGAUUUUCUUCGGGAAAAAUUGCGUAAAAUGGACGUGGUAUCGGUGAAGAUUGCCGAUGAUGAGGCAAGAAGGAAGCCACGGAUUAGUUCGAUGGGUAGAUCAGCUGCCCUGGAACAGGCAUAUGUGCACGAUGUUUAUGAGAUUUGCAACGAAGUGGUGAGUCCACUGCGGCCACGAGUCACGCAGUUCUUGACUUCCUUGGAACCAGGAUCUGUUGUGUGUGAUGUUGGAUGUGGCAAUGGGCGCUAUUUGACACCCACAAACUCCUUCAUCUACUCAAUCGGCAUCGAUCGUUGUCAUCGACUCUCCCAAGCGGCAAGAAGUCGUGGCAAUGAGAUUGCGCUGUGUGACAACCUGGAGCUUCCUUUUCGCAAUGAAUCCUUCGAUGCUGUCCUCUCGCUGGCUGUUGUGCAUCAUUUUGCCACGAAAGAUCGACGUGUGGAGGCCAUUAAGGAGAUUGCACGUAUUUUAAGGAUCGGUGGACGUGCCAUUAUAACUGUGUGGGCAUUAGAGCAGCGCAAUAGACGUUUUGAAUCACAAGACAUCCUCAUACCGUGGCAACUGUCGAGUGCAGCAUCGGCAUCGGAUGAUGAUGACGAUGAGGACUUUCUUCCACCCUAUAGCGCCUAUUCUGAAGAUUCAACCACCACUUCGAGUCGCUCUGCUGGUGAUGGUGACAGUUCCAGCCUCUCAUCGUCUUCCCCCGUUGAGUCCUGCUGCAUUUUCAUGCGUCGUGCCAUCCAGAAACUUGCGAGCGGAAAGAAGAACUCAUGGUUUUUAGAUAGUAUUAAUGCAAAGGACAAUAAACUCACAACGGGUUGGGAUGUGGAGGAUGCCAAGAAUCUGCCAAUUGAGUUGCGUCGUUUGGAGGAUUUUGACGAUGUUGCCGAACCAUUCCGUCUGGAUCCACUUGCAGGUGUUUUACCAUCUCCUGCAACGGCUGACCCUCCACCACCACCUCCGCCACCCCCGCCGCGUGUCUCAACGCGCAUUCUCACGAAACAAGCGAGCUUGAAUGAGGACCUAAUGGCGGAGAGUCGACAACGUGAUCGUGAGGGGGUGCGCAAGAGAAUUCAGAAGCAGGCAUCACUCAAUGAAUCCUUCCUGUGUCGAUCACUGUCGAAGAGACUCCAAUUGCUUGGGCAUGGACUGGGUGGGGCGCUAAAGAGCUCAACUGAGGGUCUCGAGAGGGCCACAAAGACGAGCCUUGGGAGAAUCAUCAAAACAAUGGCCAGCAAUGGACGACAGGAACUAAUACGCUCAGGUGUACAACCAGGGCUCGUUCAUACACCCUCUGAUGAUGCAGAUGGCCAUCCAGUGGCAAUGGUUCAGCUGCCCAACGACACAACGGAGAUUCCCCCCAUGAGGCAUACGCAUGAAAGUGAAUCAGAUUCAUCAAAGGAAAGUAGUUUGCAGAGUGACACAAGUGUGGAAUCCGAAGAUAGCUUUGCGUCUGUGAUCUAUGUUCCGAAUGCAGAGCAAAAGGUUAAUCCGUCGCCACCGCCUACGCAAUCGCCGGCACCUAAAUUCGAUGCCUUCCCGGAGGAGUGUGUAUCACCGGUUGCAAAGGUGCCACCAUCACGACCACCCCCGAGUCCAGCACCGUCGUCACGUAAGCCACCGCCAAUGCCGUAUAUUUGCGAGGAGCGACGCCUGAGUGCUCAAUCGGACGAUGAGACACAGUGCCUGAUCAAUCGGGUGCUGGUGCGGGGGAAAAUGGAUGCAAGGGCACGGAUGAAGGCCUAUUUUAGUGCACGCACCACCAGUCUCGAUAUCUAUCAUCCCGAAACGGAUGAUCUCGAGAGUGAUUCCACGGAACCAUCGUCUCCGGACUCCGUGGAUAGUGUGGUGAGUGCCCUGAAGCUCGAUGAGGCAGUCUGUGGGCUAACUUCCAUGCGUCUUGCCGCGGAUUCGGCACCCCCGGAACCAGUGGGAACAGCAGUGGAAAAGGUGCCGGUGGAUGAGGGUGAGAAGGAGGACACUAAGCCAGAAGAGAAGACGGAGGAGGAGGUGGAUGAAAUGAUUUGUAGGCAAUUUUUGGUGGACUAUGCCGAUAGAUUGAGUACAAAACUCCUUGAGGAUGUUAAUGGGAAGUUGACGGCACAUAGUUUUGCUCUUGAAAAGAAUGCCGCACCCGAGGAACUUCCUAAAUCCCCCCAAACAACUCGGCUAUCGCCACGGGAAUUUACUCUACCGCUCAAUACAGGUCUCAAUGGUGCGUGUGGACCACAAAACUCGGAAACUGUGAUGAAUCGCGAGCGGACGGGCGCGAAAAAUCUUCGUCCACCCAAAGGUGGUGGUGGUGCGAAGCCGAAGACAAGCCAAAAAGGGAACUUUUCAUUUGAUUUCCGCACCGAGGCGGAUGCCAAAGCCCGCACGGAGACGGAUGCAGCAUCAGUGGGUGGAUCAGCAACGCACCAUCGGUACUAUCACGUAUUCCGCGAAGGUGAGCUCGAGGCACUCAUAAAUCAUAAUGUGACCAGCCUACACAUUGUUUCGUCCUACUACGAACGUGCAUCGUGGUGCGUUGUGGCGGAAAAGGUGCAAGUUUGGACGAUUUAAGGCUCACAGGAUAAACACACAAAAAGGGGUGCGCGAUAUCCGAUUUGAGGGAAUGCUGAUGUUUCUUUUACUCAGCGGUUUUGCCUUCUCUUUGGAAGUAUUAUGUACUAUAUAAACUUCCUCUCAUUAUAUUGUUGUGCUAAAGAAAAAAAAACAAAGAAAAAUGAAAGUCUCAUGCAUAAAAAAUAGAAGAAAAUUUACAGGAAGUGCGCUAAAAAAAAACUAAAAAUCAAUCGAACUACAUAGAAAGAAAAAAUUAACAGAAAGAAAAAAAAAUAUUCACAAUCCUCUAUAAAAAAAAGGAAAACGAAUUAAUUUUUAAGACGUGACAAUGAAAGUCGAGGCACACAUUUAGGAUUAUUAUAGUAAAGAAAAAAGAUAUAUAAAUUAAUUAUGUAAUAUUUACCAAAAGACGAUGAAAAGAGGAAAAAGUCACAAAAAAUUCGCAUUUCACUCCCGCGCAGAAUUGACCAAAAACAAGAAGUUUUUUUGCUCAUUUAAUUUGUGUAUUAAAUGUUAUUUUUAUGAUGAUAAAAAAGGACAUAUCAGUGGUAAUUGGAGAAGAAAUAAGUCGGUGGAGAAAUUUGUUGAGAAGCGGGAGAAAGAAAAUAAAGAAGAAGCAAAAUAUUAAUAAUUUCAAAAUAUAAAAAUAUGAACCCACAAAAGCAGCUAAAAAAAAUUAAAGAAAAGUGAAAAUGAUAAAAUAAUUUAAAUUAGUCCAGGCUCUACAUGAAAAUUAUUAUAAUUUUCAAAAAGUAUAAUUACCCAUGUAUAGUCUGUACUAAAAAACUCGCAAAAGAAUGAAGAAGAACGAAAAUAAAUUCAUGGUAAAUGUUCUAUUAAAAAAAUAUUACUAAAAAAAAAGAAACAGAUAAUAGGAUUAGAGAAAAAGAAA